CCUCAGUUGCCUGCCAAACCCGAAAAGCUUGUCUUCUCUACGACCUCAUACUCGUUGUCACUGAGGUCUGUACUAUCGGCCUGCUGGUUGUGUCGGCGGCGGCGUCAAACUGAGACCGGUCUCAUCAGCCGACCAGACCUGAUUAUUUCUGGGCAGGCCCCAGACAAAAGGAAAGUGCCUGCUAUCAACAGUAUUGACUUUUCUUGUCCCUCCCGUGCUCUGUCGUCGAACAGCUCUGGUACAUGCCGUCCAGCAAAGUCCCGCUUACUUCGCUCCUCCUCGUGUCCAUGCUUAGCCGAAGCCCAGUUGCACAAGUCCUCGUCUCAAACACUUCCUUCUGUCUCUGUUAGUCCGACAAGCCGGUUUCCAGACUCUCCGAACGAGCUCAUUUCCCGCCAUCCAAUCAAUGACUAUUUGCAUGCCAAAUUGUCUUUUACAGAUCAAACUGCCCCUUUGGCAACUCCUGAAUCUAUACAACGUGUUCUAGCACGACUCGUGUUCGACUGGUCUACACCGAUUGAACCAGUGCCAAUGACUGCCUCCUAUUCUAAAGACGUUCUGCGAGCAGAAACGAGUUGGAUAUUUCCAUUUCUUCUCCUGGGUAACAUGUACGAUGCAACCAAUGAACGAGUACUCAGGGAACUUGGAGUGACUCAUGUGCUAAAUGCUACAACCCGUGCCCCAUUUGCUGAUGAGUCCCGUUACGUGUGCUAUCGAGUGCCUGCCAGCGACAUUCAUAGUCAGGAUUUGAAGCAAUACUUCACGACGAACUUCGCUUUUAUUGGUUGGUUAUACCGAUUGUGA